AUGUUUGCUAAUUUAUCAUUAAUAAAAAAAUAAAUUAUUUAAAAUUAAAUUUUUGUGUGGAUAUAAUAUUAGUAUGUAUAAAAAUUAAUUAAAUUAUUAGAUAUGUUAGUAUUUUUUACACAUGUAUUAAAAGUGCAAAAUUAAUUAGAAAAUUUCAUAUAAUAUUAAUUAAUUAAUUAGUAUUUGAAAAUCACAUUAAUUUUAUAAUAAUUUACCUAAAUAUUUAUUUUGCAAUAAUUAAAAGUAGUAAAGCCAGCCAGCCACACAUUGUAUUAAAUUAAAUUGAAAUAAGAUAAAUAAAUACUCAGAAUGAUUCAUCAUACAAGCUUACCUAAAAAUAUAAAAGUAGUAUAAAUUGGAGACAUAAGUGUAGGAAAGAAAUCUUUAUAUUUGAGAUAUCAUUAAGAGUUCAAUGGCUACCCUAAUUAAAUAUUAGAUUUUUACAUAAAAACUAUUUAGUUAGGAGAGGAACAGAUUAAAUUUUAAUUUUGGGAUUAUUACUCUUACUAUAGAGAUAGAAUAUAUAUUUAAAAUUUUUAUAACUAAUGUUUAAUAGUUAUGAUAUCUUAUGAUAUUACUAACAGAUAAUCCUUUGUUGGAGCUCAAUAAUGGUUUAAAGAUUACAAUUAAAAAAAAUCAAAUAAAGUAGCUGUACUAGCUUUGAUUGGAAAUAAAUGCGAUUUAGAAUAAUAAAGAAAAGUUUCGUAUAUAGAAGGUAAAUAACUUGCAAAUUCUUUAGGGAUGCUAUUUUUCGAAGUCUCCUCUAAAACAGGUUAUUAAGUAAAUGAGCUGUUUGAAAGUUUAAUAAGCUAAGCGAUCAAUAUAUAUUGA